AUGGUACCCCCACCUCCCACCAACAAGCCCCACGUGUGCCUCUCCACCAUUCUGAUCAUGAGCAGCAUGGCGCUGAUUGACGCCUACCUGGUGGAGCAGAACCACGGACCACGCAAGAUUGGCAUAUGCAUCAUGGUGAUGGUGGGCGACAUCUGCUUCCUGAUCGUGCUGCGUUACGUAGCGGUGUGGGUGGGUGCUGAGGUGCGCACGUCUAAGCGAGGCUACGCCAUGAUCCUGUGGUUCCUUUACAUCUUCGUGCUGGAGAUCAAGGUCUACUUUGUGUAUCAAAACUACAAGGCGGACAGGAAGAGCUUGGACGCCCUCGCGAGGAAGGCGCUAACGCUCCUGCUGUCCAUCUGCAUCCCGGUGCUGUUCGUGGUGCUGGUUGCUAUCGACCACAUGGAGUACGUGCGAGCCUUCAAGAAGCGCGAGGAGAUCCGCAACCGUCUCUUCUGGGUGGUGGUGGACCUGCUGGACGUACUGGACAUCCAGGCCAACCUGUGGGAGCCUCAGAAAAAGGGGCUCCCCCUGUGGGCGGAGGGCCUGAUGUUCUUCUACUGCUACAUCCUCCUGCUGGUGCUGCCCUGCGUGUCCUUGAGCGAGAUCAGCAUGCAGGGCAUCAACAUCGUGCCCCACAAGAUGCUCCUGUACCCCAUCCUCAGCUUGGUGACCAUCAACGUCAUCACGCUCUUCAUCCGCGGCGGGAACAUGAUUCUGUACCGGGACGCCAGGGUGUCGGGGAUCCUGAUGGGGAAGAACGUCCUGGCCAUCAUCAUAAAGACCUGCAGCUUUGUGCAGUACAGGAGACAGUUGCAGAGCGCCCCUCCCGCCUUCGGGGUCGAGCUGCAGAAAAACUCGGUGGCCCACGCUCGCCCCGCCCCCACCCCCCCUCAAGUGGUCAUGCAGGACCAGACGCCCCUCCCCGAGGUGACAACGUGCGUACACACAUGA